GAAGUACUUCAAAAUAAAAUAAUACUUCAAAAGUAUUCAUAGCUCCCGCGUCUAAUGAUAAACAAAUGCACAUUGCUCGGUAGGUAAAACAGUGUAAUGAAAACAAAAGAUGGCAGCUGGUAAAGUGCGACUACAGCGCCACAGUGUAGUUUAGAGAGAAACAGUCAGUCAACAUGGCCGCCGCCGCUGCGCGGCCGGACCGACCGCGGCGAGCGUAGUAAUGUCCGCGUCCGCGCCCCACGCCCACGGGCGCACCCCCGUGCGGCGCAGGGGGCAUCAACACCACCCGCGCCUGCGGGGCGACCGCGCGCCCGCCCCCAGCGCGCCCGGCUACACGGAUCCGUCCAAACAAGUGACCUUAGAUAGUCAAACAGACGAUGUUGUGCCUUGUGUCAAUAGUGUUAGUGAAUCUCAAGAAGUGACAAGGACGAAUAGUGACGAUGCACUUUCGAAUCGAAAUACAAACGAGGACUAUACGAAUAUUGAUGAUGAGAUCGAAUUCGAUAGUAGAAUUAAGGACCCAGAGUCGCUUGAUACCUCAGACGAGGAAUUUUCAUUCCGAGAAGAGAGGUCGGCUGGAGACGGCGCUGAGUUCAGUGCGCCAGUCGCCUCGGACAUAUCAGAUGAUGACCCUGAGACGGCAGAGCUCGCCAAGCUCAGGUGUACCAGUGAGUGCACAGAGGUCCUAGCUGAAAGGGAAAACAGGCGGAGAAGAAGAUGCGCCGACUAUCCGGGUUUGGCGUUUGGCAGUUCUAUAUUUUCUUCUGACACUAUGAUGAAAUUUUCCAUCAUAAAGAAUGAGUUGCAGAAUAUCAAGAACACUGCAUUAAAAAGGGCUGAGUCCGAAGUUGCUGCCCUCAACCGACGCAUCCAACUGUUGGAGGAGGACCUUGAGAGGUCCGAGGAGCGUCUCGCCACCGCCACAGCUAAGCUGUCGGAGGCUAGCCAGGCUGCCGAUGAGUCGGAACGAAUACGCAAGGCGUUGGAGAAUCGAACCAAUAUGGAGGACGACCGCGUCGCCAUUUUGGAAGCGCAGCUGUCCCAGGCCAAGCUCAUCGCCGAAGAGUCCGACAAGAAAUACGAAGAGGUGGCGCGCAAACUUGUGCUGAUGGAGCAGGACCUCGAGCGGGCAGAGGAACGCGCCGAGCAGAGCGACUGCAAAAUCGUCGAGCUUGAGGAGGAGCUCCGCGUCGUUGGUAACAACCUGAAGUCCCUGGAAGUCUCCGAGGAGAAGGCGAUGGCGUCUCGAGAGCACGUCGAGGAUAAGAUCCACAGUAUCUCGCAGAAAUUGUCGCAAGCUGAGGCGCGCGCUGAGUUCGCUGAGCGUUCCGUGCAGAAACUCCAAAAGGAGGUCGACAGGCUUGAAGACGAUCUGGUGGCCGAGCGCGAAAAGAGCAAACUCCUGCAGGAGGAGAUGGAGGCCACGCUGCACGACAUACAGAACAUGUGAACACCCGCCCUGCGCCCGCGCCCGCUCCACUCUCUGUCCGACUAGCGCACGCGCAGAUAUAACACUGACCAUCCCUAGAUGAACAGUGCGCUAGAAUUACUUUUCUCUUUGAAUUUUUGAAGUACUUUUACUUAAAACCUACAUCGAGCCGAGCGGGCGCCUAGAUGUUAUUAGUUUUAGAAUAAUUGCCAGCCGCUUUUUAACGUAACUUCAAUCCGAGUGUUCGCUACGACAGCACUGCCACGUGCAAUGUUUUUUCAUCCACAAAUUUUACUAAUAUGUAUGUCCGUAUAGUUGAAACGUGUAACUUGUUUUAUAGUCAUUACUUUACGAGCGUGCCUGUUAUGUCAAUGAUCGAUAUUUAUAUGACGUAUGCAGUAAUCGCUUCUCUAGCACUCUUAGUUUAAGGUAUAAAGUUUAUAUCGACAUUCCAAACGGGGUCCAAAAUGUUAUACAUUUUACACUCAACUUAAAAAGACAUUACGCAUUAUUUAUAAAAAAUGCACAUAGUUUUUGUACAAUAUUAAAAAUUUCUAUGUAUUUGUAGAACAAAUUAGUCGCUGUAUUACGUUUCGAUAAUUUUUAUAUUUCACUCAAGGGGAAAGUGCAUACUACUCGCCGUAUGCUAUAUUUUUCAUAUGCACUGUUUGCAAUUUAUUAUGAACUUAAUUUACUUUAUUUUAGUGAAGAGAUUAGAUAUUUUUAUUCAAGAGUGACGGUAAUACAAUAAAUAAUGAUAUUUAUAGGAAUAUUCUUGCUAAAUUGGAAAUAAUUGAUAUUCUAUUAUGUUUGGAGUAUGAUUUUCUCGUGUCAUAAUUGAGUUUUGUUGUUAUUUAUUUAAAUUAAUCGAUGAAUAAAUGGCGACUAUUCCAAGUAGUGGCUGUAGUGCGCGCCGCAGCCCGCAGCGGCCGCACUCGCUCGCUCCACACUAUACGUCCGUACGAACGAUACACAUUACGUAGGGAGUCCGUCUUUUUUAAUGUUAUCGAUUAAUGAAUUGAUAGAUAAGUUCGUGAAAAUAAUUUAAUGAUUAUUAAGAGUAUUCUAAUAAAAGUGUUUAUGAAUAUAUAUUAUUAUUUUUA